UCAUUUUUUCACAUUCGUACAAAAAAAAAAAAAAAAGCUCUUACCUUUAUCUUCUUUUUUUUUCAUUUAUCAACAAUAAUACUUCAUCUUCAGUUAUACUCUUUCCGUUUACAAAGACAUCACCACCCUGUAAUAACAAUAUACUCUAAUCAUCUUCACAGAUCCCAAUCUCACAUCCUUUUCUAAUUUAAUUUUAUGUUAUUCGAUUUAAUCAUAUUGUUCACAAGUUCAGGGUCGAGGUAAUAAACGAUGUCAGGGAUAUGGAGAUGGAGAAAUGUAAAAUACACACAAGCAGUGCAAAGAACAAGAAUAACCACCUGGAUUUAUGGAAACCAAGAAGACAACCAACGACAACAUAGGAAUUAUGUGAAUUGGUUACACGUGGGUUCACAUAUGAAGCGUAGAGAAUCACUAAUUGGGGUACAGGAAAGGUACAGAUGGGACCGAGGUGGUGGUUCAUCAGAUGAGUAUAGAACAUCACCAAGAAGGAUUAGGGCUGAAGCUUAUUGUCCUCGUUGUUCUAAACAUAUGGAUCUUUUGUUUAGUAAUCGUCAGCAUCAACUAAUCCCUCCUUCAUCUAAUAAUGAUGAUUAUGACAAGAAUAAUAAUAAUAAUAGUAAUAGUGAUUCGAAAGAAGGGGGUUCGGGUCCUUACCAAGCAGUGAAUCUAUGUCCUAAUUGUAAAACAGCUUAUUAUUUCAGGCCAUAUAAGAUGGCACCAUUACAAGGUAGUUUUUUUGAGAUUGGGAGAGUGAAAAGUAAUGGUAAUAAGAGAGUUAGUAAUGAGGAUGAUAAUGGGAAAAGGCAAAGACCGUCGUUUUGGGAGUCGUUGAAAUCAUAUGGUGGUGAGCCACCUGAGAAUUGGCCCCCACCACCACCACCGGGUAAUGGGCUGGCGGUACAUACACCUCCUGGUCCACCAUUUGCGCCUGGAUUGAAUCUGAUACGGGCUGCUGGAACUGAGGGGAAGAAUGGUGGUGGUGGUGGUGGCGCGGAUGAGGGGAGUGGAGAGAAGAGUGGAUGGGGUGGGUCGAAUUUGGGGAAGAAUUUGCCAACGCCAAAGGAGAUCUGUAAGGGACUUGAUAAGUUUGUUAUAGGUCAAGAGCGUGCCAAGAAGGUGCUUUCAGUGGGUGUUUAUAAUCACUACAAAAGGAUUUACCAUGCUUCAUUGAAGAAGGGGUCUGGAGCAGAAUCGACAAAGGAUGAUAGUGAAGAAAACGUGGAAUUAGAAAAAAGCAAUGUGCUUUUGAUGGGGCCUACUGGAUCAGGGAAAACACUACUUGCAAAAACCCUUGCACGUUUUGUGAAUGUGCCUUUUGUUAUUGCAGAUGCAACAACCUUAACGCAGGCUGGAUACGUUGGUGAAGAUGUCGAAUCCAUAUUGUACAAGUUGCUUACGGUUGCUGAAUUUAACGUGCAAGCAGCACAACAAGGGAUGAUCUACAUUGAUGAAGUUGAUAAGAUAACAAAAAAGGCUGAGAGCUUAAACAUUAGCAGAGAUGUUUCUGGGGAAGGAGUUCAGCAGGCACUGUUGAAAAUGCUAGAAGGAACUAUUGUGAAUGUACCUGAAAAGGGGGCAAGGAAGCAUCCUCGCGGUGAGAAUAUUCAGAUAGAUACGAAAGACAUUCUUUUCAUCUGUGGUGGCGCAUUCAUUGAUUUGGAGAAGACUAUUUCGGAGAGACGACAGGAUUCUUCUAUCGGUUUUGGAGCUCCAGUUCGUGCUAACAUGAGAACUGGGGGAAUAACAAAUGCAACUAUAACAUCAUCCUUGCUAGAAUCUGCUGAAAGUAGCGAUUUUAUUACAUAUGGCCUCAUACCAGAGUUUAUUGGACGCUUUCCUAUUUUAGUUAGUUUAUCUGCACUGACUGAGGACCAGCUUGUUCAGGUCCUCACUGAACCCAAAAAUGCUCUUUGCAAGCAAUAUAAAAAACUAUUUAGCAUGAAUAACACUAAGCUACAUUUUACGGAGGGAGCAUUAAGAUUGAUUGCCAAGAAAGCAAUGGUCAAAAAUACUGGUGCUAGGGGAUUGAGAGCCUUACUUGAAACCAUCUUAACUGAUGCUAUGUAUGAGAUUCCUGAUGUCAAAGCUGGAGAUGAUAGAGUAGAUGCCAUUGUGGUGGAUGAAGAGUCAGUAGGUGCAGUAAAUGCACGUGGUUGUGGUGGAAAAGUACUUCGGGGAGAUGGUGCUCUGCAACGGUAUCUUGCGCAGGCACACUUGGUAGAUAGAGAAAAUAAUGGUGCGGCCGAAACUGAGCUGCAGGAGGGUGAGUCUGAAGUCUCAUCCAGAGCAAUAAGCAUGUAAGAUUAUUAGAACCACACUCCUAGGAUUUCAUACAUGGUUUUUUUUUUUUUUUUUAGAAAAAAAAAAUUCCAUUUGUUGUAAAAUGUAAAUUCAUAAUACAGGGUGUUGAUCCCCUUGUAAAACAUCAUAGCAAUCUGCUUCCAGGAAAGUCAUAGAAAAUAGAAAACGGUAUACAAGGAAAAUGUAACCAUUCUAAUUUUUAGGUAGCAGUGUACCGAUUCUUUGGCAAUGAGAAAACUUUGAUUCUUCAUA